AUGAAUAAGCUUUUCAGCUUCUGGAAGAGGAAGAAUGAGACCCGCAGCCAGGGCUACAACCUUCUAGAAAAGGAUUUAAAGAAACUUCACAGAGCUGCUUCAAUUGGGGAUUUGAAGAAGCUGAAGGAAUGCCUUCAGAUCAAGAAAUAUGAUGUAAACAUGCAGGACAAAAAAUACAGAACACCUUUGCACCUAGCCUGUGCUAAUGGACAUACAGAUGUUGUACUUUUCCUAAUUGAGCAACGAUGCAAAAUAAAUGUCCUGGAUAGUGAAAACAAAUCCCCAUUGAUUAAGGCAGUACAGUGUCAAAAUGAGGAUUGUGCUACUAUUCUUCUAAACUGUGGUGCAGACCCAGAUCUGAGGGAUAUUCGUUAUAAUACUGCUCUUCACUAUGCUGUUUGUGGUCAAAGUUUGUCAUUAGUUGGAAAACUGCUUGAAUAUGAAGCUGAUCUUGAAAUGAAAAAUAAGGAUGGGUGUACUCCACUAUUAGUUGCCGUUACUAACAAUAAUCCAAAAAUGGUAAAAUUUCUUCUGGAGAAAGGGGCUGAUGUGAAUGCUUCAGAUAAUUAUCAAAGAACAGCCCUUAUGCUUGCUGUCAGUGGUGAACCAACAUGUUCAGUAAAUCAUCUUCUUCGGCAAGGUGUGGAAUUAUGUUGUGAAGAUACUCGUGGAUUCACAGCUGAGGAACAUGUUUAUUUCUUUGGUUUUACCGUGUAA